AUGGUCUUUCCCGACAAGUUGUCAUUAAAGUUGUUGAAGAAUGUUUCCAUGGAAACCCACUGGCAUUAUUGGACUUCCUCUAAGAACCUCUGCAUCUUAUCAACUGGAACUUACGCCAACAUAUUCUACUCAUUCAUAUUCAAGGACAGUACGUUGACAAAGCUGCCGAAAUUUGAGGUACCAUUGCACACCUCACCUCCCCAGAUGCUCAAACAGAAGGACAUCGUUCUAAUUACAGUAUAUGGGCAAGUGUAUGUAAGUCACAUCUUUAACGAUAGGGGAGCCAGUCAAUCGCUCAGCGUGUACCUCUACAAAGUUAAGAGAGAAGGAAUAAUGAAAGCAACCGAAGUAUUGACGCUGUCGUUAACGUUGGGUGGAAAGCUGGUGUUGCAUGUUGUCGACAAUCUCAUCGUCCUCCACCAUCAGUGGUCCAAGACAUCUUACAUCUUUGAUAUCGGAUUGGUCAGUAGUCACGUGAUGAGAGGGGGGGUCAAAUACUUUCAACCAAUUGCGUGCCAUCCCAUUCGACCAUUCACACUCAAAGACCGUAAUUCUCCACACUGGGCUAUUUUUGGUCCUGAUGUUGUGCUGGAUGCCAAGCUUGGAUGUUACUGGAAUCUUCAUUUGGAUGUGGAAAACCUUGUUUCUUUUUUCGAUGAUGACGUUGACUCGAUUGAGAUGUUACUACUGAGAAGUGACAGCAAAUCACUGAUCUUGAAACUGUGUCAGGAGAUUAUCGAGAGCCAAUCAGAAUCGUCGAUGGUUGACUUGAAGUUCAUGUCAAUCAUAUUCCUCAAGUUCAACAGCAUCCUUACUUUAAAAGAUAAGGACGAUGAUGAGGUUCCCAAGAGGCAGUUGAUCACACAGAAAAAUGUGUUCUAUAAUUUGUUGAAGCCUCUUAAUGAUAACGGGGUAGCACUGUUGUUACUCUCGGUUGAAGAUGAGUUUCCGGCUGGCUGCCAGAUUGCUUAUGACAUUCUCAAGCGCCAGUCAGCGACACGGGAGUGCCUCCUGGAAGUACUUCUAAACAAGAAAAUGGUCCUACCCGCGUUAAGGCACGGCACGGCGUACGCCCAGACAUACGACAUGAUUGAUAAUCUCUCAGUUCGCAAGUGGUUUGACAUAACGAUGGCAACCAAUGACAAGCUGUUGUUCUAUCACGUGUUCAACUUCUUCGCCAAUAGGAACUUGAGAUUAAGAGGAAGCACAAAAUUUAUUGCAUGUCUGUACUGCUAUUGGUUGUGUGUGGCUUAUCUCUGA